CUAUAAAUGGCAAGAGUUAGAGUUUGAAAUGCCUAACACAAAGGGUAGCCACCAAAUCUUCAAGUACUGCAGCAAGCAAAACAACAAAGAGAUGAAGUCCAUCUUUGCUUUCUUAAUUUUUUUCUCUCUUCUCUUGAUUGGUUGCAGCCCCAGUUAUGCAAGGAAGGAACCUGGGGAAUACUGGAAGAGCUUAAUGAAAGAGCAGCCCAUGCCGAAAGCGAUCAAGGACCUUCUCCAUCAGGAUUCUGAAGCAAGGAAAAUUGACCAUUUCGCCAAGGAUUUUGAUGUGAAUCCUAAUGUAAUAAUAUAUCACAGCCAUUCUGAGCCUAAGGAAGGGAAGCCAGAAGAGAAAUCUUUGGUUACACAUAACAAUUCCAAGAAGGGCUGAAAGAGAGGAUUUAUAUUAUUUAAGUAAAGAGUAAAUCAUAGGCUACUGCUGUGAACUCAGAGAUCGAACUCAUGCUGUACGACAUAAAGUAGUCUGUUUAUUGUAAUAUUAAUUAGCGUAUUAUUAAGUGAUGUUUACUCUGUCGUUUUCAAA